ACCUUGCACUGGGUCCCAGGACACGAAGGUGUCCAUGGGAAUGAGGAAGCAGACAAGGCUGCUAAGGUGGCAGCAGAAGGCAGACACAAUAAUAGCUCCAAUGCAUCCCUCCCAUGCUAUCUUCAUAAAGGCAUGCUCCCACUAAGUAUUUCUGCUCUCAAGUAA